UAAAAGGGGAGCCUCUCCUGUGUGUGUGUGUAUAUGCGAGUGUGUGUGUGUUUACAUCAACGCGUUCACGCGCAGCUGCUGCGCCCCAUGCUAAUGCUAGCCGCCGCUCUGUAUAUGUUUCGUUUUCGUUUUCGCCUAAACCUCGACGCACAGCAACGUUAAACUUCAGCAGAAGGCUGUUGUGAUUAGCACAGAAGGAAGUGCGACAAACGGAGUAGUGUUAGUGUGUGUGUGUUGUGUGUGUGUGUGUGUGUGUGUGUGUGUGUGUGUGUGUGUGUGUGGUAACAGUGUGUUAAAUCGGCGUCAUGGAGGAGCUGGCGGUGGAAGUGAGGGGCGCGAAUGGAGCUUUCUACAAGGCUUUCGUGAAGGACGUGCACGAGAACACGAUCACUGUGACGUUUGAAAACAAUUGGCAGCCAGAGCGACAGAUCCCUUUUCAGGACGUGCGGUUCCCUCCUCCUGCUGGGGUUCAGAAAGAGAUCACCGAGAGUGAUGAAGUUGAGGUGUACUCCAGGGCUAACGACAAGGAACCGUGCGGCUGGUGGCUAGCCAAAGUGCGCAUGGUAAAGGGGGAGUUUUACGUCAUAGAGUAUGCCGCCUGCGAUGCCACGCUCAACGAGAUCGUCACAUUAGAGAGGCUGCGGCCCGUGAACCCAAACAAAGGCUCCGCGAAGAACUCCUUCCUGAAAAUUCGACUGGACGUUCCGGAGGACCUGCGACAGAUCUGCGCAAAAGACUCGGCUCACAAAGAUUUCAAAAAAGCCGUGGGUGCGUUCCACGUCACAUAUGACUCAGAUAAGAAGCAGCUGGUCAUCCUGUCAGUCAACGAGGUGACCACCAAACGUGCGACCAUGCUGACGGACAUGCACUUCAGGAGCCUGCGCACUAAAAUGGCCCUCAUUCUAAGGAACGAAGAGGCCAGUAGGCAGCUGGAGAGCUCUCGACAGUUAGCGUCAAGGUUCCACGAGCAGUUUGUGGUGCGCGACGAUCUGAUGGGUCUGGCCAUCGGUACACACGGAGCCAACAUCCAACAGGCCCGCAAAGUUCCCGGAGUCACCAACAUCGACCUGGACGAGGAGACGUGCACCUUUCACAUCUACGGAGAGGACCAGGAUGCCGUGCGCAAAGCCAGGAGCUACCUGGAGUUUUCCGAGGAUGUUAUUAGGGUACCUAGGAAUUUAGUAGGAAAAGUCAUUGGGAAGAGCGGGAAGCUGAUUCAGGAAGUCGUGGAUAAAUCCGGAGUGGUCCGAGUGAGAGUGGAACCGGAAAACGAGAAGAAAUCAUCUCCGUUGGAAGAGGGCAUGGUGCCGUUCGUGUUCGUCGGGACAAAAGAAAGCAUCUCAAACGCACGCCUCCUGCUCGACUACCAUCUCAACUAUCUCAAAGAGGUGGAUCAGUUGCGGAUGGAGAGGCUGCAGAUCGACGAGCAGCUACGACAAAUCGGCGGAGGCCCCAGAGCUCCAUCAGGCCGACCCGAGAAGGAAAAACCGUUCAGCUCUGAUAACGGCAUGGGACAUUCCCGAGGGGGCAAACCGUUCGGCCGUGGAGGGCGAGGAAGACGAGGGCCUACGUUUGCAUCAGGCACCAAUUCUGAAGCGUCCAACGCAUCCGAGACUGAAUCAGACCACAGAGACGAGCUGAGUGACUGGUCUCUGGCUCCCACCGAUGAAGAGUCUAUGGGUUACCCCAAACGAGUCCCAGACGGGCGAAAGAGGGGUGGCGGUGGAGGCCGGGGCCGAGGGGGGCGAGGAAGAGGAGGAGGAGGAUACAAAGGUGAGGACGCGCACUGGAGUGAGUCUCGUCCCCGGAACUCCAAGCCGAGGCUGCAGGAGGAUUCACUACAGAUUCGCGUCGACAGCAAUAACGAGAGGAGCGUCCACGCCAGCCGAGGCCCCCAGGGGCCCAGCGGCGACUCUACCGGCACCCGACAGAGGAGCGUCAAGGAGCGAGGGAUAAAGAAAGAGAAGCAGGAAGGGCAAGACAGCCAGGUCGUCAUGAACGGCGUGUCGUAAUUGAAAAUCCCCCUCCCCGUGUCUAAUCUCCCAAACAACUCCACCGUUCCAGAAGCUUCUUUCAUUAGAGACACAUUAGGCCAAAGAGAACCAGGUCAGUAGGGCUUAAGAAAACAAACAAACAAAAAAAACAACAACAAAAGACAUGACAUCAAGCACAUUUUGUAACUGUUAAGGGGGAACUAGACAAAAACAUCUCUGCUGUCUAUGAAUUUUGUAGUCUGCAUUGAUUAGAGGUGUCGGUCUCUAAAUCGAAAGUUUUGUAAUCGACUUUCUAGGCAACUAACAAAGCUCUGGGUGUAUUAAAAAAAAAAAAAGUGUGUGUGUUUUUUGAUUUUUGUUCACAUCGGGGGACAUAGGAUUUGAUUCAGAUAUGUGUGCCAUCUCUUGUGUGGCAGAUUUUUGUUUUGUUUUUUUCUCCCCCCCCUACUGUUUGGUGUCUGGUUAUUAUAGAGCCCUUCAUGAUGUGAGGUUCCAGCCACAUUGCUUAAAAAUAAAAAUAAAAAAAAUAGACAAGUAGACAUACUCCUAGAUGAUCUGUGCCUUUAACUAGUGGGAUAGUUUCUGAAUUUGGAUAUCUAAAUCAGGGAAGACGACAUGGAUUCUGCAUAAUCUUAGCCAGUCAGUGAAAAUAAACCAUGGUGCAUGUACAGUACUUCACAUGUGAUGUUUUUUGGUACAUCUAAAGGGCAACUCUCCAUCUUUUUGCUUUUUCUUUUUCUUUUUUUUUUUUUGUUCCCUUUUCGGACCGUGUAAAGGUGAGCUCGUCCCGAGCGACGAAGCAGUCGACCACUCGAUGCGAUUUAUAUAGAUGUAUUUCAUUUGUGAGGUAUUUUUGAUUAAUUUAAACGAGACGCGUUAGCUUUUUAGCGAACCAUCUUUAGCUGCGUUUUAGUCGUCAAAAUUUUGUACCAUUUCUUUUUCUUUUUUUAAUUUGCUUCCUAGUAUCUACCAUCCAAACUUUAAAAGCGAUGCUUACAGGGAGUAGGUGAAGUUCAUCCUAAGCCACGUCCUGUCGCCCCCCUCGUGUGUUUACUCCACGUUCAUGUUCAGGUGUAAAAAGCACUGAUAUCAGAUAUUGCUGUAAAAGCUUCAUUAUCGGUGACAGCGUAUUGUACAUGACACGCUCGCUGUUAUUUUUGAAGUUACGAUCGAACCUUCUCAAGCGUGCACUUAGGUUUCGUGUUCCUCGGCAACUACUCGGAUUUAACGAUGCGCGCCCGUAACGGAACGGGCGGAGUCGCGCGUACACCCUCAUCGUCACGAACUUUCUCAUUUUGACUCUGCUGUACUUUUCGCUUAGGGAGGGAAGAUGAAGGAGAUGUAACAUGGAGUUUGAUAUAAAGCUGUGUUACCUGAUCCGUGCUUGUGCAUUUCCUUUUAGUUUACAAGUUUAGAGGUUUAGAAGAGUGUUCUACACCCAGACUCUUUUUUUUUUUUUCUUCUUCUCCCCCCCCCCCCCUCCUUUUCUUUUUAGGUUUGUUUCAUUUCUUUAUUUCUUUUUUUUUUUCUUUUCGUAAACCUACUGUGACGCUAACCCCUAGUAGUCCUUCUUUCCCCUCUGUACAGCUAUAACAGUAACAGUUCAUUUAUACCUGCUAUUUCCUACUAGAACUAUCUUUACCCGUGGCGUUAAGUCAGACCUACGUGUUGCAGCUUAAACCACAAUCUUGAACCUGAAUUUUUUGCCUGAAUCUUAACAUCUUGCAACAAAGUGAGACUAAUGGUCAGUUGUAAAGCAGUGAGCAUCACGCGAAUAUUGCUCUGUAUGAGAAGUGAGCUGUUAAUACAACUUGUCUGGCUCAAAUGGGCAAGGUUUAGCGAGACAAGAAUCUGGAUGGUAUGAAGAUAAGGAACUAUUAAGAUCCAAAUAUCUAGUACUUGUCUGCUGUUUUCCCUUAUUUAACACACCUACUACAAACCUGAUCAUCACUCGAUACAGGCGUUCGCCAUCAGAAAUGAACGUCACUUUUUCUUUCCGCUUCGGUCACGGUGCCAUCAAGGCUACUGUACCUUUUUAGUGUGUUUGUUUCACCUGGAAGCAUAAGCAUCGUGUACCUUUUUAAAAAUCAUUUAAAGGUACAUACUCUGUACUUACACAUAAAUCCUAAACUACAUACUCGAGUACAAACGCUCUAGCCUUAAAGGCACCGCCUCAGCGCUAAGAAAAAGUGCCUUCGUUUGGGCAUGUCAGUAGUUUAACUGUGUACAAGCUUUGUAGUGUGACUGAAAUUUGUGAACCAAACCUGGCAAAGUUGUGUAAUUUAGCACACCUCAAUCUAAUCCUUAUAUAACUGGCAGGUUUAGAUACUGUAGCGCUUCUCUAAUGCACUUACGGAACAGUUUAAAGUUAGCUGUUGAAGAUAAACACUAGUUUUUUGGGGUUUCUUUUGUCUGUCUCAGAAUUAAAAGCAAUUAUUAUUGUUCUUACUACUACUACUACUGCUAGUAAUUCACCUUUUGUAUGUACAUGGCAAUAUUAAUUAUUUGAUUUGUAAAAAUAGUAAUAAUAUUAUUACUAUUCAAUGUAAUAUAAAUAAAAAUUAAAGCUGUUUAAGAAACUUUUUUUUUUUCUUUGUAUGAUGACUGAUUCAUCUCAAUUUAUUAUUAGUAGUAGUAGUAGUAGUGAUGUUAACGUUAUAUUAAUAAUAAUAAUAAAUAAUAGUAGGAGUAGUUCAAGUAGUGUCCAUAUUAAUGGUUAAUAUAUUAGUCGUAGUAGUAGUAUAAUUAACAACACGAGCAGUAGGUGUGUUAAACAGGGAACCUGCCCACUUCCGCCGGACUCCGAACAGAGAAUGCCGGUCGUAAAAGAAGUUUCUUCUCAGUCUCUUUACGCAAAACUCAUACAAGGCUCAAUUUGUGACAGUCUGUUAAUGCAAAGCUUCAAAUGAUAAUGAUGAUAAUAAUAAUAAUAAUAAUAAUAAUAAUUUUUAAAAAAUAAUCUUAAUGUUGCCAAACAGACUGUUUCCUAGUUAUUUAUUUUUCAGACCGUGUAUGAGUUUACAAAUACACCAAAAUUUCAAAAAAUUAAAAAAAAAAAAAUAAAUAAAAAAAAAUCAUCUCUUGCUCAUAUUGUAGGCUAUUGUGAAAAAAUUUCAAUGAAAAAAAAAAAAGACACAAUUAAACAGACAGGAAAAAAAAACUGUAGAUACUGAACCAAGGUAGACUGACCUUGUAUGUUACUGCACUUUGGGUAAGAAUUUCUUUGUACAUAAAUAGCAAGACAGACUGGGUUUUAUGUUGACAUUGUUUGGUUAUAGUGCAAUAUAUUUUGUAUGCAAGCAGUUUCAAUAAAUAAAGGUUGAUCUUCCUCUGCAAA